AUGGCCGCUAGCCCCGACAAUGUCGAGCUCAUCCCUGGCACGGAGCUCAUGAACAAUGAUGGUUCGGUGAAGAAACAACUCAUUCCGAAGCCGUCUUCUGAUCCACGAGACCCCCUCAACUGGAGCCGUAAAUGGAAGAUGAUGGUGAUGGCCUCGCAAUGGCUCUUUACGUGGAUAUCUGUGACUGGUGCGCUAUCCAUAGCCCCAAUGUUUCCACUGCUUGGUGCACAGUUCCACUUAAACAACAAUCAGUUGGCCAUGUUGACUGGUAUUACUGUCAUUACGCUCGGUUUCGCAAACUUCAUCAUUGUGCCACUGUCCAACAUCUUUGGACGUCGCGCCAUUAGUUUGGUGUUUUCUGUACUGAUUCUUUUGACAUGCGUGUGGCAGGCACUAGCAACGAGCCAUAGCAGUCUGCUGGCAGCUAGGGCGGUGAAUGGUCUAGUGUGUGCGACCAGCGAGAGCAUUCCCGUCCAGAUGAUUGCUGAUGUCUUUUAUCUGCACGAACGAGGCCUGUGGACGGGCGUCUACUUCACUGGAUAUUUCAUGGGGGCCUUCCUAGGUCCUAUUAUGGCAGGUGCUAUUGGAGCCCAUUAUGGCUGGCAAUCGUUCUUCUGGCUCGAGACAGCACUUUCAGGUGUCUCAAUCAUUCUUAUUGCAUUCACCUUCCCGGAAACGAAGUACCAUCGUGGCGGCACUGCCGUCGCAACCAAUGGUCCAGUACAAGCCAAGAACAGCGAGCGCAGCAGUGAAGACGAUAACCAGCUCGAAAAACAAGCCACGCUUACUACAGCCAACGACUUGGGCCAGGAUACGUCUGAUGUUUCUCUCGUGGCGAAUGGCUGCCCGUCUCGUGCACAAUUUAUGCCAUUCCGGAAGCCCGACCCUAGAUGGAAGAUGUUUGUUGUCCGCGAUACAUGGACUCCUAUCAAGGUCUUCUUCAACCCCAUUAUCCUAUGGGCUGGGUUGAUGCUGGCUGGUCCGGCCGAUCUUCUUCUUUUUUUCAACAUCACAGAGUCUCCGAUCCUUGCGGCGCCACCGUACCUCUUCCGACCCGACCAAGUUGGCUACACGAACUUCGCCUUCGCCAUCGGUGCGCUAGUGGGUCUUGCGACAGCAGGCCCGUAUUCCGAUUGGGUGGCUGCUCGGGCGACUCGCAAGAAUGGUGGUGUGCGUGAAGCAGAGAUGCGUCUUCCUGCACUUUGGUUUUACAUGAUCAUCACCAUGCUCUCUUUGAUCCUUGGAGGCUUAGCCUACCAGCACCAAUGGGCAUGGGGCCACAUUGUUGUGUGGGGCUAUGGCUUCGCCGGGCUUAGUGUCACCACGGUGCCUACCAUCUGCAUCGCUUAUGCAAUCGACUGCUACAAACCUAUCUCUGGCGAAAUCAUGGUGGUGGCAACUGUAUGUAAGAACUUCAUCGCCUUCUCGUAUAGCUAUUGGGUCUUUGAUCUGGCACAUGAAAGUAAAGAUGGCUGGAUGACGCCGGCCAUGGUCAUCUUCGCUUGCACCGUUGGCCCGGCUCUUUUCGCAUUCCCGCUAUACUAUGGUCUCGGCAAGAAGAUUAGAAGAUGGACCAAGGACAGCGAUGUGCAUCGCAUGGAGGAGGUGAUCCAGUAG